GGCGGAAACGUGUAAUUCGUAAGAUUGCGUCUUGUUCGGUUCUUUAAAUUACAACUUAAUUUAACUUAAUUAUUUGCACCAAUUGUUUCUGAAUUCAAGAGAAUGUCUUCCAAGCCUCCAUUUAAAGUCGCUGAUUUGUCAUUGGCGGAAUGGGGAAGGAAAGAAAUUACUUUGGCAGAACACGAGAUGCCAGGGCUUAUGGCCAUCAGGAAAAAGUAUGGUCCUCAAAAGAUUUUAAAAGGCGCCCGAAUUGCCGGUUGUCUACAUAUGACAGUACAAACCGCAGUUCUUAUUGAAACUCUGAUCGAUCUGGGUGCUGAGGUUCAGUGGUCAUCGUGCAACAUAUUCAGCACACAAGACCAUGCUGCUGCAGCUAUAGCAAAAGCAGGAGUUCCUGUAUAUGCCUGGAAAGGAGAAACAGAUGAAGAGUACCUUUGGUGCAUAAGGCAAACUCUAGUAUUCAUGGAUGGUAAACCCUUGAAUCUGAUUCUCGACGAUGGUGGCGAUCUCACUAAUUUGGUGCACACCAAGUUCCCAGAAUACCUGAAGGAGUGUCGUGGUAUUUCUGAGGAGACAACUACUGGUGUGCACAAUCUGUACCGUAUGAUGAAAGAGGGUACUCUGACGGUGCCGGCAAUAAAUGUGAAUGACUCGGUAACGAAGAGCAAGUUCGACAAUCUCUAUGGAUGCAGAGAGUCCUUAAUUGAUGGAAUUAAACGAGCAACAGACGUCAUGAUCGCUGGAAAGGUCUGCGUGGUUGCUGGAUAUGGAGACGUUGGCAAGGGUUGUGCUCAGAGUCUUAGAGCACUCGGUGGACGUGUAAUAAUCACAGAAAUUGAUCCUAUUAAUGCAUUACAAGCUGCCAUGGAAGGUUACGAGGUGACGACGAUGGACGAAGCGUCGACUAAAGGACAAAUAUACGUUACGACCACAGGUUGCAAAGACAUCAUAGUAGGCAACCAUUUUAUGAACAUGCCAGAGGAUGCUAUCGUUUGCAACAUUGGCCAUUUUGACUGUGAAAUCGAUGCUGCAUGGCUCGAGAAGAACGCAGUUGAGAAAGUGAAUAUCAAGCCACAAGUGGACAGAUAUCAAUUACAGAAUGGCAGACACAUCAUCCUCCUCGCAGAGGGUCGUUUAGUUAAUCUUGGUUGCGCCACUGGACACUCCAGCUUCGUGAUGAGCAAUUCUUUCACGAAUCAAGUGUUGGCUCAAAUAGAAUUAUGGACCAAAUCUGAAUCUUAUCCAGUUGGAGUUCACAUGUUGCCCAAGAAGUUGGACGAGGAGGUUGCAGCGUUGCAUUUGAAUCACCUUGGAGUGAAGCUGACCAAAUUGACGGAGGAACAGGCUAAAUAUCUCGACGUACCUGUAGAAGGACCUUACAAAGCUGAUUACUAUCGAUAUUAGUCGUUUUUUAAGAUUCAAAGGCUCUUAUGUACUUCUCUAUCCACAGUG